GAUGGCCGAUGCAAAUGACUUUCCGCGUCAACCUGUACCUGCUCUCACACAUGUGGCGACUCCGAAGAAAUCUAAAGACCUUCCUGUAGUGAUGCAAUUGGAACAAUUGCAACAGCUUGUCGAUAUCAAUGACAUUCAAAUGCAAUUACGGUUUUUGUUGGAGGAGGAGACCGAAGUGGAUCUCACCUUGGAUAACCUUAUGAAAGGACGCGCAGAUCUCGAAAACCACUUGAAAGCAUUGGACUCCAUGCGAUCAGAGAUAGGUUCACUUCGAAACGACGCAACUUCCCUUCUGACCGUACUAUCCGAGACCUCUACACUAGCGGAACGCAUUUCAGGCAAAGUUCGACAGCUAGACCUUGAGCAGUCUCGCGUGAAAGACACCAUGGGGCUUGUGGAGGAUAUCCAAGAGCUAAAGAAAUGUGCUGGUGGAGUGGAGGAGGCGCUGAACACGGGCGAUUACGAGCUGGCUGGGCACUACAUUUGCCGAUACUUGAGCUACGAUCCAACGGUGGUGGAGAAGAUCUUCUCUGGAGAUGCAGCAGAUAAUCUGUAUUUUUCUGGAACAACGAGUUUCGAUGACGCUAUCCAGCCAGGAAGAACACCUUUGGAAGUACUCAAAAACGCUCAGCAAUCCCUGAAAGAUAAGGCCAUGGAUGAGUUUGACAACGCCGUGCAAGCGGGCAAUGAGGAAAAUAUACUACGAUACUUUAAGAUCUUCCCGCUAGUUGGACACCAUGAGGUAGGCCUCGAUAAGUUUUCCGCCUAUAUUUGCGGGAGCAUAUCGCGGCAAUGCCAAGACAACAUGAGAGAAUCCGCUGACCGCCCGCAGUUCUACGCCGGUUUGCUUACCCGAUUAUUUGAGACCAUUGCAAUGGUGGUUGAUCGACAGGAAGCGAUGGUGGAUUCAACUUAUGGACCGGGCACUAUGCUGAGAGUCAUACAACGCCUGCAACGUGAGGCGGACAUCCAAAGUUCUAUCAUCCUGAAUUCGUUCACUGAGAAGCGACAGCUGCAGCGCAAGUUAGGGGAGGUGGCACGCUAUGAAGAAAGCGCUCGCAAGAAGCUAAAGCAGCCGCCCACCGAGAGCUUUCUAGAGCCGAGAGAGGUUGAUGGUAUUCUGAGUGAAAUUGCCCUCAUAUCUCAGAAGACGCGGAUAUUCAAUAGAUUCCUGCACGUUCGGGCCGAGGCUGAGAUUACGAAACUUCAUGAAACACCACUAAAACAUUCCGACUGGGCCACAAACCUUGAUGGCGAAGGAGAUGGUCUCGUAAAGGUCAGCAAGCUGGAUGAGUUGACCCAAAGGCUUAUGGACAACUAUGUGUCAUUGGAAGAAUACUUCAUUCGUCGCAGCAUCGAAAAGGCACUUUCCAUUGAUACAUAUGACAAAAACGACCUCACAUCAAGUUGCGUUGAAGACGUCUUCUUUAUUCUAAAGACAUGUACACGGCGAGCUUUGUCAACAUCAGACUCGAAUUGUAUAUGCGCGAUUAUCAACGGCAUUGGCAAGAUUCUUGAGCUCGAUUACAUAAAUGUUUUCCAAAAGCGCUCGGGAUCAGCGUUUACUUCCACUGAGACCAAAGAAGGAAAAGACAGACCUGGGUUUAUGAUCUACUUGAACAAUAUAGACAUCAGUUGCGAUUAUGUUAUGAAGCUGGCGGAGGAGCUGGAUGUGGAAGUGGAGCACCUGUUCGGGUCAAACGAUGAUUUGUCCUUGGAGAAAAUCCGAUCAUGUCUGGCAGUGCUGUCUGAAUACGCUGGCAGUUUCCGAAAUAUACUCAAGACAUGGAUAGACAACUUGUUCAAGCAACAGAUAAAACCUCGGCUACGAUCAGCUCUGCAUCAAGCAUACGCUGACAUUAAGUACGUUUUAACUGACGAUGAGUACGCCGCGCAAGAGGCGGAUGAGUACUUUGUAAAGCGUUUCGUUGCUGGCUUGGGGAAGAUCAUUCGACCUUACCAGAAAUCAUAUUCCGAGUGGAACUAUAAUCAAACCAUGAUAUUUCUGAUCGAUUACGUAGCGAAAGAUUGGGAAAGGUACCUGUAUGAAAACCUCAAGUUCAACCAGUUUGGGGCGUUGCUGUUCGAUAAGGAUCUCCGAGCAGUUAGUUCGUACCUGUCCUCGGUAACCCAGUGGCCAACGAGAGAUAGGUUCACGCGGCUAAAUCAAAUCUCCACAUUGUUGAACCUGGACAACCUCAUGGAAAUUUAUGACAUGUGGGGAAAAUCAGGUCCAAUAACCUGGCGAUUGACACUCAAAGACGUGCGGAAGGUGUUGGCAUUAAGGGUCGAGUUUAGCGCAGAUGACAUCGCGAAGUUAAAAUUGUAAAUAAUAACAUUAUCAUAUACAACCCAAAGAAGCAUACAAGCCUCUUCGCAUAUCA